AUGUCUCUGGAAUCGGCGCUAGACGACGAGAGGAAGCAGGUGCUGGCCUUGCUGGAAGCGAAUACUAGGGCAAACUCAGGUCGCUCCGGGAGUCCUCAUGUAGGCGGACGCGCACUAAGUCCGGGCAUGUCGCCUGUCCGCAGCAUGCUGGAUGUCGGUGGCCCACACGUAGCAGAUUGGUCGCAUCUUGGAAAGAAGAAACGGAAUACCAGUCGCGGCAGCAAUCCCUCGUCCCCGCCGCCUUCUGCUCGCAGUUUUGGAGCGUCUCCCAUCGACCCUGAAUCGCAAUACCAGUUCUCAAUGCUGCCCACUAUAGAGGCGCACUCUAUGCCCAAACGCGUGUCACAAGGCGGCAAGGCGAGCACCACCGCCAAACCUCGAGCAAUGUCAUCGGUAUUCGGCGAUCAAUCUGGGAAGGCGUCGAAUAGAGACCGUGACCGACACGGCUCGUUCAACGGCUUUCAGAGCCAAAGGACUGGUAGUCCUAGACCGGGCAGGUCUCAGUCUCCAGGUGGCCGCAUGCUCAAUACGAAUUCGUCGAACUUGAUGCCCUCUCCGAAUAAGUAUGUGACCGAUUCGGGCAAGGUCAUCGACAUGUCAUCUGCAUACCGUAAGCUUUCCGAUGCAAAUUUGAGUCGCUCAGGCGGCAGUCUUUCGUCUCUUCCAAGCCGCAAAGGUUCCGACCCAUCCAAGGGUGAGUCUCUUGCUCCUGGCGGCGGCGUUCGCUUGGCAACAGACGAUUUUGGCGACGAUGAGGCUGCAGUCGAAUCGAGUGAGAAUGAUGAUACUGAAGAUUCGGACGAUGACGGUUGGGGAGGUGCGAAGAGCCGGGGUAGACAACGUCGACGGAGCGACGGUAGCGAGGGCAAAGUCCCGAGGAGUAUGUUAGCGGCCGCUGAAGAAGAACGUGAGUAG